AUCGCGUGAGCUUCGUAGGCCACAAAAAAAAAACAAGAUUUAUGCACCCACAAUUAAUUUUCGUUUGGUGAACAGUGAACAGAAACCAUGUUAUAAGAAAAAAACAAAAGCCAACCAAGCCCAAGAAAACCAAAAAAAAAUAUAAAUACAAAAAAGUGUAGUGCAAAAAGAGCAAAUCAUGUGAACAACCACAAUUUAUGCUCGAGUGACAAGAAAAACAACACGAAUUUUUACGUGGCAGUUUAUUUCGCCGAGAAGAUGCCAAUUGAUUUUGAUUUUCGCAAAUUAUAACGAGACAUUUAUAUGAUUUGAUAGCUGGCCAGAAAUUCGCAAACAAUUCCCAGCGGCCAGGCAAGGUCAUAUCGAUUGUCAUCAGCUGCUGUCGGCACACCACCCACCUCCCAGCCACCCAACGCCCCACUGAAAGGCAAACAGAGCGAAUAUGCCAAGCUUGCACAAGACAAGAAGGUGCUUGCACCAGAUGCUGAUAAUAUAUGGACUAAUAUUUGUUUCCAGUGCAACGACACUUGACCAGGAGCCGUUGCCUUUGCCGGAUUUGUGUGAGUCGAUUAAAUGCCCGCCGGAUGGCGAAAUGCAAUGCCCGGCGGACAGUUCUAUACGCCAGAAUCUGCUUGCGGUGGACCUGAUUAAGUCGAAUGCGGUGGAGCUGCCAGGUGAUAUUUCGUCGGGGGACUCUUCGUUAUCCUCGGCAUCCUACAAUAGCAGUCUGAUCUCCGAAGAGGAUUAUGUGCGGUGCUGUGUGAACCGGAAGUGCGUGUGCAAGACCUGCUACAUUCCGGACUGCGACACGGAUGCCGAUGAGCUGGUGGUGGUGGAGCUGGUGGCGGAGAAGAUUCAGACGCCGGGCGAAUGUUGCGGCACCUACGACUGCCGCACGGAGCCCAAUUGCACGGUGGUGCGGAACACCGAGUACCAUUGGCUGAAGCAGUGCCAGCGUUGCAAGUGCGAGUCGGGACUGAAGAUCUGCCACAAGGACUGCGACGACAGGGCCGAGGGUGUUUGCCAGUCGAAGAUUUCGGGGAUGUUCUACAAGGACGGCGAGACGUGGACGGAAAACUGCAAGACGUGCGAGUGCGAGAAGGGGGAGCCCAAGUGCACGAUGUCCUUCUGCGGCAACCUCAACUGCCCCAGCGAGCGACAGGUGAUGCUGAAGGACACCUGUUGUCCCGUCUGCUGGCCUAAGUGUGCACCCAUGCCGCACGAGACCUACGGGGAUUAUGUGGAUGAGUCCGAGGCACCAGAAACAGAAACGGAACCUGAAACAGAGGAAGAUCCUUUGCCACCACUGUUGCCUGAUCCACUGACCACACAGCAAAGUGCCGAGUUGAUAGCCACUAGCACCACCACAACCACCGCUGCACCACCACUAACCGCCAUUACCAACAUUUGCAACAAUGCCUUCGACCAACCGAAUGUCGUGGAGGUGCUCAAUCCCACCAACUACUUCUCCUGGCUGCUGGCCUACGCGGUUCUGGCCUCCAUUAUUAUCGUGGUCAUGGGCUUCUAUAUUUACCUGCAGCGGGCCAAGAAACGUUCCUACGAUCCGGUCUCCAUUCUGGACCACAGCAUCUAAGCAAGAGAUCUUUCGAAAUACUACUAAGAACACAGCUAAAAAAAAAGAAAAGUAAUUUAGAUCUAAGUAUUCCGUUCCGCCGUUUUCCAACCUACAAUGUGGUUUGCUUUUCGAGU